AUACCAUUGUUUUGAGAAAACGUUUGCAGUGUUAAUAAUGAAUCCUGAAGAAGAGUUACCUCCCGAUGUGCUAGAAGAAGCACAAAACGUGGUACUGAACUUGUUACCAACAAAAUCGCGCGAAGUGUAUGAGUGCGCGUAUACCCGCUUCAUCAAAUGGUGCGAAGGGAAAAAGAUUCAAACUUAUUCUGAGAACGUCCUAUUGGUAUAUUUUUCCGAAUUGGCUACAAAAAUGAAGUCAUCCACACUGUGGUCGCAGUAUUCCAUGGUGAAAGCAACUUUAAAUAUAAAAAAUGGCAUAGAAAUCGGAAAGUAUUCAAAAUUAAAAGCGUUUAUAAAGAAACAAGGAGAAGGAUACGUUCCAAAGAAAUCAAGGGUUUUAACUAAUGAACAAAUAGAAGUUUUCUUAGACACGGCUCCGGAUUUCAAAUUCCUGAUGAUGAAAAUUGUUGUAAUCUUUGGCGUUAGCGGAGCUUGUCGGUGUCACGAACUAUUACAAAUAAAAACUGAAGAUAUUGAAAAUAUUAAAGCAGGUUUAUUGGUAAAAAUUCCUGAUACCAAAACGAAAAAACCCAGAUCAUUUACGGUUAUGGGGGAAAAGUAUUUGAAAUUUUACGAAAAGUAUGUUGCGCUUCGUCCAAAAAUGUUUAAUGAAGGUCGGUUUUUUAUUAAAUAUGUCGACGGAAUGUGCCAUCGACAAGUAGUUGGCAUUCAUAAAAUUAGUGGUGUACCCCAAGAAGUAGCCAAAUAUUUAAAGCUAGAAAACUUUAAAGAAUCCAGCGGACAUUGCCUACGUCGGACUUCUGCCACGCUUUUUGUGGAUUCUGGCGGUGAUAUUACGUCCCUCAAGAGGCACGGUGGGUGGAAAUCUGACAGUGUAGCCGAAGGUUACAUAGAAGAGUCUCUUAAACACAAAAAAGAUGUAGCAAAAAAAAUUUUUCGUUUGGAAGAACCAGGUACAAGUAGUGAAACCACAAGUAAAAUACAUGAAGACGCAACGAAUAGGAAUGUGAGCGAGUAA